CUCCACGUUCGCACCCCGCUCGUGAAGUCCGCGCCGCUGAGCGAGAUAAUGCGUCGCGACGUGUACCUCAAGCUCGAGUGCGCGCAGCCGAGCGGGUCGUUCAAGCUGCGCGGCGUCGGACGCGCGUGCGCGCUCGCCGUCGAGCGCGACGGCGCGCGCCUGCUCGUCUCCUCUUCGGGCGGCAACGCGGGACUCGCGACGGCGCACGCGGGACGCGAGCUGGGCGCGCAAACGGUGGUGUACGUGCCGGAGACGACGCCGGAGCGCGUGCGGGACGCGCUGCGCGCGUACGGCGCCGAGGUUGAGGUGCGCGGGACGCAGUGGAGCGAGGCGAACGCGGCGGCGACGGCGCGCGCGGCGGCGUGCGGAGGGGCGAUGAUACACCCGUUCGAGGGCGAGGACACGUGGGACGGGCACAGCACGAUGAUCGAUGAGAUCGCGGAAGAUUUGGGCGGACGAAAGCCGGCAGCCGUCGCGACGUGCGUCGGCGGCGGCGGAUUGCUGGCGGGAUGUCUGCGAGGCAUCGAGCGGUGCGGAUGGGGCGACGACGUCGUCGUGGUGGCGAUGGAGACGAUCGGGGCGGAUUCGCUGAACGCGUCGAUGCGCGCGGGAGAGGUGGUGACGCUGCCGGCGAUCACGAGCGUGGCGAAAUCUCUCGGCGCGGCGUCGCCGUCGCCGGCGGUGUUUAAGAUGUGCGUCGAACUCGGCGACGCGCGCGUGCGCGUGCGCGCGUGCGACGACGCGCACGCCGUCGCCGCGUGCCUGCGCUUCGCCGACGAUCAUCGCGUGCUCGUCGAGCCGGCGUGCGGCGCCGCGCUCUCCGCCGCGUACUUUCCGGAACUCGGCGCGCUCGACGGGAUAUCGUCCGACCCGCGAGCGCCGAUCGUCGUCGUCGUGUGCGGCGGCUCCGUCAUCGAUCGAGCGUCGAUGAACGAACUC